UGGCAUAAACAAUAAAUAAAAAGUUGAUGCGGCUGCAUUUUAAUUUCUAGUGCUUGUUCUGAUUUAUGCUUGUGCUGUUGUUAACAAAUUGUAAAUUACACGUGCAAAUUAUUCGAUACAUCAGCGCUAGCAACCACAACAACAACAAGCCUACGAAAUUGUUGCACUACUUUUCACCUGUGUAUUGCAAUGUGAGUGUGUGUAUGUGUAUGUGCUUGUGUGUGCGUUGGCUACGUUUGGCUUGGUUUUGUGGUAUGCGUGAAUUUUAUAAAUAGCAAGAGCAAAAAAAAAAGAUUACUUCUUGAAAGCGUAGCAACGGCAGCCACUACCGCAGCAGCAGCAGCAGCGGUAUGCCAAACCAAAAAGAAAGUGCGAAAAAAAUAAAUAAAAAUAUUUUUGUGGGGCAGUCGUUAAAAUAAAGCGUUGCUGCAUGGCAAUAAAUUAGAACGACGCGUAAUUGAGCCAGGUGGCAAACAAAUUAAAUGUAAAUAAAAUUAUGAAAUAAAAAUGAAAAUAGGCAAAGGCGGAAACUGUGCAAAUAAAGGAAAUUACGAUUACUACUACCCCCUCGGCUAAAUUCCUGUUGCGAUCAAAUCAAAAACCAGUUAGAGCCCCAACCGGACUGCCAACGCAGACUGCGGCUGCCGCUGCUGCUGCUGCAUCCGUUUUAGCGAAAGUUUUUUAUGGUGUGUUGUUGUUGGUGUUGUUAUUGUCGCUGUCGUCGUCGUCGUCGUCCACAAAAGUGUGCAAACAAGCCGAGUGCUCAGCCAGCUUGCCAUCUAGCCAGGCUAGCCAAUCAGCCAGCUGUUAGCGAGCAUAAAUGGAAAAUAAAAUCUUGCCUGCCAAUUAAUUGUGCUGUGAAAUGCAAAUUAAUUGAAAUCCAUCGUCGUCAUCGUUAUUGAAUAGCAAUAAAGAAAAAUUUGCCGGCAAUUAUUGGACAUUAUAGUAAUACUAAUGCGAGAGUUGAAAACUCUCUUUGCAGGCGCAAAUGUAAAAAAAAGCUGCGUCUUUUGGCAAAAAAGUUUCAAAAGUGAGCAAACAAACUAUCAGAAUCAAAAGCAAACAGUGUGAAGUCGAAGGACACGACGCCGUUGACGUUGACGUCGCCGUUUCUGCUGCUGCCAUGACCGCCUUGAGGCAAACUGAAAGUGCACAGCAGCUGCACAAAUGAAAACAACAAAAGCGGCCCCAACAAAAACUACAACUACAACUAUUUACAAUAACAAUAACAAUAGCACCAGCAAUUGCAACAAAAGCAACUGCAGUUCGGGAAGCAGCCGCAACCAGACGCAGACAAAUCAAAUUCAAAGAUGCAAAUUACAAUUUGCAUACAGACAACGUGCAACUACAACAAGGGCAGCAACAACUACUCGUAUGGUUACAAUAACAACAACUACAGCAACAACAAAAAGAACAACUGCCCCGAGUCAAUUGCUGCGGCAAAUUGAAUAAAAUUUAAAGCAAAACAUAUCAAAUAAGCGAAGAGAGGCAGGAAUAAGUAGCUGCGGCAACACAGCCUACAAAACAUAUAAAGAAACAUCAUCGCACAACAAUGAUCAAAGGCAUUUUAAUACAGCGAAAAAGUCAGGAGGAUGCCAGCUAUACGAAACAGCUCAAAAUGGAGCACGCCGAUCUGGUGGCCGAAAUGCAAACGGUGGAAAGUUUGCCAACACAUGAACGCUUGCAGCUAGCCAGAUUGCGUCGUGCCCAGCAGCUGAAGCUGGCGCGCCAGAAGGAGAAGGAGUGGCUGAAGCUGCAACGGGCCAAGGGUAACAGCAGCAGCAGCAGCGGCGGCAUCCCGAGCAGCAAUCAUUUAAAUGGCGGCAGCGACACGGCCCACACCACACACCAUUUUAGGCACGCGAAUGGUGGCGCCACGCUCAGCGGUCGUCGGCACAUAUCCUUCGAAAACAGCGUCGUCCUGCUGGAGGCGGCCUCGCGCAACGAUAUGCAGGAGGUGGCGGCGCUUCUGCAGCACGGCAUCACACCAGAUGCCGCGAACGAGGAUGGCCUGACGGCUCUGCAUCAAUGUUGCAUUGACAACAAUGUGGACAUGUUGAGGCUGCUGCUGGAGUAUGGGGCCAAUGUGGAUGCCCAGGACAGUGAUAAGUGGACGCCGCUGCAUGCGGCUGCCACGUGCGGACACUUGGAGCUUGUGCGGAUACUGAUACGGCAUGGUGCUAAUCUUUUGGCUGUCAACACGGACGGCAACAUGCCGUACGAUCUGUGCGAUGAUGAGAACACACUAGAUUUCAUUGAGGGCGAGAUGGCCCAGCGGGGUGUGACGCAGGAGCUCAUCGAUGAGACGCGCUCCUCCACCGAGCGUGUGAUGCUGAGGGAUUUGAUGGAGCUGGCCCGAAGUGGUGGCGAUUUGGAAGAGCCCGACUAUCAGGGCGCCACGCCGUUGCACAUAGCGGCCGCCAAUGGGUAUGUUCGAGUGGUGGAGUUCCUGCUGGAACAGCACGUCAAUGUGGAUGCUAUGGACAAGGAUCUGUGGACACCAGUGCAUGCAGCUGCCUGCUGGGGUCAUCUUGAAGUCCUAGAGAUGCUAGCCCAAUGCGGUGCUGAUUUGAACGUGAAAAACAAGGAUGAUGAAACGCCUUCGGACAUUUGUGAAGACCCCGAAAUUAGGGAACGCAUAGAGCAGCUGAAAACGGAACAGGAGAGCAAACGACUGGCGGAGGCGCAACGAAGGCGCGUUCGACGCUCACAGAGCAACAAUACCAGAGCCCAAUCGGUGCGUCGCACCUCCCUGCGCGACAAGACGCUUACAACCAAAAAAGACGCCGUGGAAGAGGCUCGUCUCCGUAUGCAGGCACAGGAGGCCACGGACACGACAGGAGCGGCCACGAAUUCCACUUCCUCUUCAUCGUCGGCUCUCAACGGUGAACUGCACAACGGCUAUGGCUAUCAUGCGGGCGGCAACAACAAUAAUAUGCAGCUGCUGCCGCAUUCGAAAUCCGCCGAUGCUGUGGACACAACGCCCUCAGGCCCAUUGGCAACAACAACAACCACGCAGACAACGACACAUUCCUAUCUACCGCGCCGUCCGCCCGAUGGCCGUGAGAACGAUGAGCUGCAAUUGCAACUGGCCGGCGGCGGAAAAGUGAGCGGUGGAAAUGGGGAAAUGCAACGCGCCACCUCUGCGGCUGUCAUAUUGUCCGAGAAGGGUACGGCGGCGAGUGCCGAGGCUGUGCAGAUUCAAUCGUCGAAGGACGCAGCCAAUGGCAAGAUUAAUGUCCAGGUGACCGUUUUAGUGGACACGAACAGCACGCAUCAUCAGCAACAACAACAACAGCAGCAGCAUCAGCAGCAGCAGCAACAACAUGCCUUACUGUUGCAACAGCAACAGCUUCAGCAACAUGUUGCUAUGGAUGGUUACAGCGCUGCCACCUUGUCGAAUUUGAAAAAACAACGCUCGCUUUCGCGCACCGCUAAUGUGCUUAACAAUUUUGAACUCUCACCCACGCACAACAACACACAUACGCACACACACAACAACCAUACCAACAACACACAACACAAUGCCACAACUAAUGGUUCUGUUUUAGGAGCCGCCACUACGGUCAAUCACAACAACAACAAUAAUAACAACAACAACACUAACAACAACAAUAACAACGGUGCUGCACCAAUUUCGACACAACCACUCGGCCUGAGCUCCAGUCUGCUGGACUUUGAUAUGGCCAGCGCCAUUGGUACACCCAGCAGCGGAAGAGGUGGCGCCUCCGUUCCGGGAAACGUCAACAAAUUUAGCGGAAUUACCGGCGAUGUCGUCAGCGACAGUACAAGCUCGAGUCGCAAAUGCUGCGUACUCAUGUAAGGGGGGUGGGGAGAAAAGAAUCAACAGGGUAUUAUACACUAAACUACAUACAAAGGAUUUUAAAUUGCCAGCCGCUAAGCUUACCAAAAUAUGUACAUACGUACAUACAUAUGUAUGUACGU